AUGGCUGCCAAUGCGGGUGUACUGCUCACAGCUGCCAAAGUCGGCGCGCCGUUUGAGAAUGAAGUCCGAGAGAGCUUGAAGAGUCUCGGAAGGCCACCGACACUGGUGGCCAUCUUGUCCACUUCUGCCGCACCAUCGCGGAUGUACGCCAAGUUUGCACAAUCGCAGUGCGAGAACAUUGGCGUUCGCUUCGUUUUGAAAGAAGUCGGCGCAGGCCGCUGGAAAGAAGGCGGAUCGAUGAGCAAGGAAGAGGCUGGUGGCGAGGGAGAAGGCGUCGAAGAGGCUAUUGUCGAAGCAAAUGAAGACGAUGGGUGUGAUGGGAUUCUUGUUUUUUAUCCCAUAUUUGGUGGUCGUCAGGAUCAUUAUCUUCAGCAACUUGUCUCCCCUUUCAAGGAUGUCGAGGGAUUACACUACAAGUGGCAUUACAAUAUGUACCAUAAUAUUCGUUUCGUUGAUCCGACCCUCCUCAAUUCGACAAACACCGUCUUGCCACCGACGCCGAUUCAGGCUAAUGACACCCCUCCGGCGGGAACACUCAAAAGCAUCCUUCCAUGCACACCCCUAGCUAUCAUCAAGUGUCUUGAAUAUGCUGGGGUGUACAACUCGCUUCUCAAAUAUGGCGACCGUGCGUUUGGAAAGACGGUGACGGUAAUUAAUCGAUCCGAAGUCGUGGGACGACCUCUCGCUGCCCUCCUGGCCAACGAUGGUGCCAGGGUAUUCUCAGUCGAUAUCGACUCGAUACAGGAAUACACCAAACGCCCAACCAUUGCCGUCCAGGACCAACAGACCGAGGGAGCUGUACAGCGACACCAGCGCAUGCUACACCCGAGUCACGUCGUUCAAAGUUGCAAGUUCACCCUCGAAGAAUGUCUGGCGCUUUCAGACGUCGUCGUAUCGGCCGUACCCAAUGUCAAAUACAAAGUCUCUACCGACGCUCUCAAGGAUGGUUGCAUCGCCGUCAACGUGGCCGGUGAGAAGAAUUUUGAAGAGAGUGUUCGAGAAAAGGCAUCCGUUUACCUACCAGCAGUAGGGAAGGUUACAAUUCUCAUGCUCCUAAGAAACUUGAUUCGUUUAGUCAAGUACCAAGAAGCACUCAAAGCCUCCACCGCUACUGUGGCGCCGUCAUAG